GAUGGGGGCAGAGAGGCAGUGUGCAUUCGGCAGUGGCUGGGGUAGGGUGUGUUGCCGCUCGUCCUCCCUCCCGUACUGUGCUGGUGGUAGUGCCCAGUGCCACGCCGAGAGUGCCACACCGCCCUUAGGAUUACUGCCCCCCAGAUCACCACCAGGGGGCCAGAAAUAAGUGACACAGUGCCUGGUUUCCGCUAAGAUACCCAUAAUGACGAGGUGAUCUUCAAGGCACCAUCACAACCACCACCACCACCACCACGUCGUGAGAGAGGGUUCCAGCGCGGGUUCCUCUUGCUGCCCGCCAAGAUGAGAGUACCCCUUCGCCACGGCCUCUUCCUCUUCCUCUUCCUUUCGAUUGUCAUUUGUCCAGGUGUGAGCAGGGCGGAGGAGGGUGACGAUGAGGAGCUACAGGCGGACGAGAGGGCAGGUGUAAGGAGACCAGGUGUGAGGACGAGGAACAAAACCUUCCGCACCUCAUCCUCCAGCAGCCGUGUCAUCAGGCCAGGGGUGGAUGAGGGUGAGGGCAGCACCAGCAGCAUUGUGUACGGGAGCUCUUACGUGCCCUCCACGGAACACCGACGGGGCAGAGGGCGGCACAGGAACAGGGGGAGAGGGCGGAACAGACAGUCAUCCACAUCGUCCUCCUCGUCCUCCGCGUCCUCCUCCUCCAUCCGCACCUCCUCCGUGACUGGGUCUGACGGCGUCGUGAGGGAGACAGUCUCACGCACCUCCUACGGCAGUCCCGGGUCAGGGGUGCAGAACGAUUCCUACUCCUACACAAACACCUACCGAAGACCCUCCUCCUCCUCCUCCUCCUCCUCCUCAACGUCGUCCUCCAUCGCUCCUUCCUCUGGGCCGGCUCUCGUGGAUCAGUCGUACUUUAAUCGCCGUCGUGGGGAAAGCGAAGACGAGGAGUACUUCAGGUGGAACGGCGGAGUACGAAGAACCGGCAGUGGAAGAAGUGGAAGCGGUGGAGUAGUAACUGGUUCCAACACGUCUUCAGUCUCCCGGCGGAUCAAGACCACGAAGACCACGACCACAACCACCCAGACGCGACCAGGCUCCACCACACGCUUCACCUACACGCUGCCAGGCAUCUCCGGCUCCUCCACCUUCAGAAACACCACCUACACCUCCUCAUCGUCCUCCUCCUCUUUGGGACGUGGAAGCGUUGUAGGGAGUAGCGGGACCAGCGGAGGCAGCAGAGGCGGGGUCCAAACCACAGAUACGCGUUACGAGACCGUCAGGCAAUAUGGAAGUCGCGGCCAAGGAAGAGAGGAAGGGUUCGGGGAGACGUAUAGAAAGAACACCGAGGAGGAGGUCACGGAGACGCAGGAAUACGAGGAGGAAGGAUACAGUGAAGAGUUCGCCCGAGGUCCUCACAUCUCCGAGCAGGACCGUCUUCAUCCCCUGGCCCUGAGGGGAUUUGGGAAUGCUCCAGGGUAUGGCCAGGAGACGCAUCCAUGUGACCAGAGCUCGUGUUAUCCGGCGACUGGCAACCUGCUCAUCGGCCGAGAAGGCAACCUGACAGCCACCUCCACCUGCGGUCUCUACAGGAGGGAGCGGUACUGCAUCGUGUCACACUUGAAGGACCGCAAGAAGUGCUUCUGGUGCGAUUCCCGCCCCCAGUGGGAUGGCAACCCUCGCUACUCCCACAAGAUUGACAACCUCGUGUACAGGUUUGACCCAAGGACAGCGCAGCGGUCGUGGUGGCAGAGUGAGAAUGGCCUCGAGACAUCAAGUAUCCAGCUGGACUUGGAGGCCGAGUUCCACUUCACUCACCUCAUCCUGACAUUCCGCACCUUCCGUCCUGCUGCCAUGCUCAUCGAGAGGUCCUUUGACUUUGGAAAGACUUGGAAGGUGUAUCGUUACUUCGCCUACGACUGCAAUGAUGCUUUCCCAGGCAUCCAGCGAGGGGUUCCAGAGUCUAUCAAUGAUGUGGUGUGUGAGUCACGUUACUCUGCAGUUGAGCCGUCCACAGAGGGAGAGGUCAUCUUCCGAGUGCUGCCGCCAAAUAUAGAGAUCUCCAACCCCUACAGCGAUGAGGUGCAGAACUUGCUCAAGAUCACCAACCUGCGUGUCAACUUCACCAAGCUUCACACCCUUGGAGACCAGCUUCUUGACAACAGACUGGGCAUCAAGGAGAAAUACUACUAUGCCAUCUAUGACAUGGUGGUAAGGGGGUCCUGCUCUUGCUACGGCCAUGCCUCUCGCUGCCUUCCCUUGCGUGGCGUGGAGGACAAGCCUGGCAUGGUGCACGGCCGCUGCGAGUGCACACACAACACCAAGGGACUCAACUGUGAAAAGUGUGAGGACUUUUACAAUGACCUGCCAUGGAGACCUGCCGUGGGGAAGGAGUCCAACGCCUGUAAAAAGUGUAACUGCAACAACCAUGCAGCCAUGUGCCACUUUGACCAACGAGUGUAUGAGGCAACGGGCUUCGUGUCUGGCGGGGUGUGCGAUGAUUGUGCCCACAACACACAGGGACGCAACUGUGAGGAAUGUGUCACCUACUACUACCAGGACCCAGAGAGAGAAUCGUAUGACCCUGACAUCUGCCAGCCGUGUAACUGUGACACCCGCGGCUCAGUGGACAACGCCAUCUGUGACUCACGGUCAGACCCCACCAGUGGGCUGCUGGCCGGCCGCUGCCACUGCAAGAGCAACGUGGAUGGCCUCAAGUGUGACCGCUGCAAGGCCGGCUUCUGGAACUUCUCAUCGGAGAAUCCUGAAGGCUGUCAAGAGAUGACUGAAGAUUAUCUCUCACAGCCAAGGUCUGAGUGGCCAAGGAAACAAUGCACAUGUAACCUGUUGGGGACCGUCAACAACCUGGGCUGCAACGUGUUGACUGGUGAGUGCUCCUGCAAGCGCUUUGUGACUGGCCGAGACUGUAACCAGUGUCUGCCUCAGCACUAUGGCCUCUCAGAGCACCCAGAUGGCUGCCAACCCUGUGACUGUGACCCCGGCGGCUCCCUGGACAACAACUGUGAUGUACUGACUGGAAAGUGCAAGUGCCGGCCCCAUGUGUCAGGACGAAGGUGUGAUUCCCCCGAGGAAGGUUACUACGUGGCUACCCUUGACUACCUGACCUAUGAAGCUGAACUUGCCAGGGGAUCAGAGCUUUAUUGUGAGGAAGCGAGUCUGUUUGGCAUCAGACCGGCAGAAGGAAGAAAUUGCCAGGUGGUGAUGCGGUCGCUGGAUGGACGGGAGGCCACUUGGACGGGUCUCGGCUUCAUGCGGGUGUUCGAAGGCUCCUACCUCGAGUUUGAGAUUGAGAACAUUGAGACCAGCAUGGACUACGAUUUGGUGAUCCGCUAUGAGCCACAGUUCCGAGGUGUGUGGGAGAAUGUGAUGGUGACGAUUGAACGGCCUGGCCCCAUAGACCCCAACGGCCCCUGUGCAAACACUCGCCCCACUGACGACCAGAUGGUGAUCAACCUGCCUGACAGCCGCCGUCACGUGAAGCUAUUCCCGCCUGCUUGUCUGGAGGCUGGCAAGCGCUACAAGAUCAGGAUUGACUUCAGGAGGUCCAAUGCCAACACUGACUCUCCCUCAGCAUCUGUCCUCAUUGACUCAAUUGUUCUCAUCCCUCGUGUUGAAAGCAUUAACUUCUACUCCGGCUCGCUGGAGAGUGACAACCGCCGGCAGGAGUAUGACCGAUAUAGGUGUAGUGAGACCUUCUACGAGGGACAGGACCUUGCCACUGUGCCUGAGGUGUGCAAGCAGAAGCAUCUGGACAGCAUUGGCUUCUGGGUGUAUGGACAAGCCUACUCUUGUCACUGUGAUGGCACUGGAAGCAAGAGCAGCAUUUGCAGCUCCCUGGGCGGCCAGUGUGACUGCAAGACCAACGUUGUUGGCCGCAGGUGUGACCAUUGUGCCCCGGGGACCUAUGGCUUUGGCCCUGAGGGAUGCAAAGUGUGUGGCUGCAGCCCAGUUGGAGCCCUGGAUAACUUCUGCAACCAGCAAACAGGCCAGUGUAAGUGCCGUCCCAACACAUACGGUCGGCAGUGUUCAGAGUGCCAACCAGGCUUCUGGAACUUCCCCAACUGUCAGCGGUGUGAGUGUAACGGCCACGCUGACACCUGCGACUCCUACACCGGCAUAUGUCAUGAGUGUCGCGGCAACACCACCGGCGCCAACUGUGCUGUGUGUGUGGAGGGCUUCUACGGUGACCCCAGGCUGGAGGUGGGCAUAGCGUGUCGCCCGUGCCCUUGUCCGGGAACUGAUGACUCUGGCCACAGCUUUGCUGCGCGUUGCUCCCUCGACCCGCGGACCAAGGAUGUGGUGUGUGAAUGUGAGCCGGGCUAUGCUGGGUCGCGUUGUGAUGUCUGUGCCGACAACUACUAUGGCGACCCUGAGGUGCCAGGCGGCCAGUGCCAACCAUGUGACUGCAGCAGCAACAUCGACAUCUCCCGGCCAGGCAACUGUGACCCAAGGACAGGAGAGUGCCAGCAGUGCCUCUUCAACACCUUUGGCUUCCACUGUGAGCGCUGCCAACCAGGGACCUACGGUGAUGCCCUAAGCCAGGAGUGUCGGACUUGUGUGUGUAACCUGCUGGGCACCAACCAGACCAUUGGCGCCUGUGACCACGAAACAGGCCAGUGCCCUUGUCUGCCCAACGUGCUGGGGCUGGAGUGUGACCGCUGUGCUCCAAGCCACUGGAAGAUAGCCUCAGGCAGUGGCUGUGAGGCGUGUGCAUGUGACCUUGUUGGCUCCUACUCAAACCAGUGCAAUGAGCGUGAAGCAUGGCAGUUAAGGCGCUCUUUUGACGGGCAGUGCCACUGUCGGUCAGGCUUUGGCGGGCGGCAGUGUAACCAGUGUGAGACCAACUACUACGGAGACCCUCAAGUGGAGUGCCUGUCUUGUAAUUGUAACCGCGAUGGCUCAGAGACCUUGCAGUGUAACCACGAGACUGGCCAAUGUCAGUGCCGUGAAGGGAUUGGUGGGGAGAAAUGCGACGAGUGUGCACGAGGCUUCACCGGGCAGGCACCUUACUGCCAGCCCUGUGGUGAAUGUUUUGACAACUGGGACUUCAUCCUCACUGAGCUCAAAGAGCGCACGCAGGCCCUAAUAGCUGCUGCUGGGGAGAUUAAGCAGACGGGAGCCACAGGAGCGUACAGUCAUGAGUUUGAGUCCAUGGAGGAGAAGAUCAAUGACGUGCGGGAUAUUCUACUCUCAGCCAACAUGACCUCCCAGAGCCUUGCCUUCCUGCAGGAACUCAUUACAGAGCUCAGUGAGAGCUUGAACGUGGCCUCAGCAGACUUAGGGGGGCUGGAGCUGGGCGUAGACAACACCAGCCAGAGGAUAGACUUGGCCAAGAAUGCCCUGGCUGACCUGCGCGUCCAGGCUGAAGAGCUGAGGGACGAUGCCGGGGACCUCAAAGCCAAAGCAACCAAGCUUCAGGAAGGGAAUGUCGAGGGAGCCCUCAACUUAACCCGCACUGCUGGUGAACGCUCUCGUGCUGCCCAGGACAGAGUCGGCCUCACGGAGGUCAUCAUCUCUGAGUCAGAGAGGAACCGACGCCGCACCGAGAACCUUUUGUUGCAUGUGGGUGACCGCUUCAACCGCACACAAGCAGAGAAUGAAGCAAGACUGGCAGAGCUGAGCGGUUUACUAGAUGGAGUGGAGGACGGCAUGCCUGACCUUAAUGAGCAAGUGUGUGACAAACGUGGAGACCCUUGUGACACCCUCUGUGGUGGCGCAGGCUGUGGCAAGUGUGGCGGCCUCUCCUGCAACAAUGGACUGGUCAACACUGUCAGCCUGGCCCUCAGGUUUGCAGAGGAUGCUGAGACGGAGCUCAAAAAGAAGGAAGCCUCUGCCGAUGAGCUGCUGAGGGGUGUGUCUGCAGCUAAGCGGCAAUCAGACGUGGCCUUUGAUUUGGCAAAGAUGGCAUUUGAUCUUAUACUCCAGAACCUCAAUACCUCUUCCUUCUACAAAACAGAAAUUAACAGACUCUUGGAGGAGAUUCAGGAGUACUACAGCACACCCGGCUCAAGUCCUAGUGACAUUAAGACACUAGCAGAACAGGUUCUGGCUCUGGACAUCUCCCUGAAGCCUGAGCAGAUCACAAACCUGGCCGAGCGUAUCUCACUCACCAUUGACUCUUUGACCAACAUUGAUGCCAUCAUUGAUGCCACGAGAAAUGACCUGGACCUUGCUCAGCGGCUCAAAGAGCGUGCCGACCAGGCUAAGAGGCGGGCUGAGGGCACCCUGGGAGUGGCAGAGCGUGUGGUGGAGGCCUUAGAGGAGGCUGCCAAUGCCCAGGAUGCUGCUGAGAGUGCCAUCAUGAAUGCCAGUGAUGACAUUGAGGCCACUCAGAUCCAUCUUACUCAGAUCACCAGUGAGACCAAUGUUGCUCAGGAGAAGGCCAAUGCCUCCCUGCUAGAGGUGGGGGCACUGGAGAAGCGUGUGGAGCAGGUCAAGGCUGCAUACCAGCUGAACCAGCGGCACUUGGAGGACACUACCAUUGCUGUGGACCAGGCGGACCUCAAGGCCAGGAAGGCAGCCAAUGAUGCACAGCAGCUGGAGGAUAAAUAUCAGAUUGUGGUGGACUUGCUGAAUGAGAAAUCUUCAGCAGCAGAGGAUGCAAGGAUGAGGGCUGAGGAGCUCAAGACCAGUGCCAACAAACUUGCCUUUGAGGCUCUUGGAAAGCUAAAUUCAUUGAGAGAAAUCGAGAAUGAAUUCAAGUCCAACGAGGGCUUGCUGCUGGACUAUGAGGCUGUGAUCCGACGGAUGGAAGAGAACAUGAUGGAGUACAACGAAUACAUCCUCGAGAGGACGGAGUUCUAUGCAGUGUGUCAGUCCACACGUCGCUGAGGUGACAUGAAGAGUCAGGGAGACACUCUACCCGUAGGUUGUGGCCAACAGUUCAUCAUGUGGAGAUCAGUGAAGCAGGACACUAAAUGUCCUGCUUGUUCAAGGAAUUGUGUAGAUAACAGUAGUGGAUACCAAUGUGGUUCUUAUAAGAUAUGCAUUUAGAAAACUAAUGUACAGAACUGUGUGCAAUUUAUAGGUGCCAGAAAAUGUACAUUUUUAAGAAAGGAUUUUCUACAAAAGCAAAUUGAAAAAAGUAUUGUGCGUGCAAUUUUUAGUCAGUCGAACAUCGUAGUUUGUUGAGGAUCACUGUACAGUUUCAUUGUUGACUGGAAAUAAUCCAAAGUUUCUAGAGAAAUUAGGCUACAAUGUUUUUAGCCAGAUGGGAAAUGCCAUAACCAAAGUCGUCUCAUUAACACAAGCAUACCACACAUUUUACUUCAUAAGAACAAUAGAAUUUUAAUUUCUUAGACAAUGAAGAAAGUUUGAACUGUAACUUGUCAUUAUGUUCUGCAAAUCAGGUUAAAUUAUCAUUUCACUUUGUGAGCAGAAAUGUGUUGUCUUAGAAUUUUGAGACCAGUCACAGCUUCCAGUAUAGUGCACAGUGAAGGACGUUGGAUGGUGAGCCUCCCUGUCCAGCCCAGUGUGGGGGCUGCAAGGCUGCCCCACUCAAACACUCCAGAACAAGAGAAUUGUGCCUCAUCCUUUCAGCUUAGGAGAGCCUGUGAUUAAGGCUUAAAGAAACUUAGCAUUGAGUUUUAUUUUAAUUUAUUUCUUUGAUUUCAUAGGAAUAUAUUAAGUAAUAUAUAGGAGCAGGAUUCUGCUGGCACAUGUUUAGGUCUCUUCCUGUCGUAUUUUUAGUGGUUCACAUCACGGUUGUUUCCAGUCUUUGCUGACUCACCCACAACAUGAGGUCAAUUAAAUUGUUAAUGAUCAGACACAAGUUAGGAAAAUAUAAACCUGCAAGUGUUCAAGUAUCUAAAACAGAAGUCCGUUUUUAUUUCAAUAGACUGUAAGUGACACUUCUUCGAAACUCAGGUGUCCAGCCUCAAAUUGGAAUCUCAUCUGAGAAAACUCUGAAUACUGUACUUUUUACUAAAACAUCAUGCCUAAACUGUAGACGUAAGGUAAUAUUAAGGAAAGAGGAUAUAUUAGGUAACACGAAGAAAGCAGUUGUAGUAAAAUCUCUUCCUCUUGGUCAAGUUGAGGAAAUUGUUCCCUCAUAAUAUAUGUUUGUUGUCUCUGUGCCAAAGGUUCAGGUGUCUGGACCCAAACCUUCUCGUGUAGUUCAUUAGACACUGCCACAUACCAAAGUCUCCAUGCUUGUAAUAUAAACAAUGACCAUAGCAUAAUAGUGUCCUUUGUAUAACUUGCUUCUCCUAAGGUUUUCCUCCUGGAGCAGAAUAACCAACUAACUAGUCCAUGUUGUUAACGCUGUACAUAAAUGAACGUUAGCAUAAGGCUGACACCUCCUGCUGUCGGCUGAACUGGCUGGCUCUCAGCCGGCCCUGCUCUGUGCCAAGAAUGUGUUGUUACUGACCUGCAAUGGAUCAUUCUGGGGAUGAGGUGCAUUACUAUACCAUCAGGGAAAAGGUGACCUGUGCUUAAGUCACAAUAAGAACAUUAACUUAAUCAUAUUAUCUAAUUUUUCAUCCCUGUAUGUUUAAGAUGUUUUGCCAUGCCAAAUUUCUCCAAAAUAUACUAACACCACAAAGGAAAUAUGUAUACCAUAUCCAUUGAAGCUCAACUGCAAAUAUGCACAGGAUCUAAGGAUAUAUAUAUAUAUAUAUAUAUAUAUAUAUAUAUAUAUAUAUAUAUAUAUAUAUAUAUAUAUAUAUAUAUAUAUAUAUAUAUAUAUAUAUAUAUAUAUAUAUAUAUAUAUAUAUAUAUAUAUUAUUAUGUUACCUUUAGUCAAUCUGUGACAUGCUCUCACACCUCAUAGAUAAAUCUUUCUAAACUGUAUGGUGAAAUAAAGUGAAUCUUGGUAAAAACUUUCUUGAUACACAUGCAGAACACCAUUACAGACCAAGCAUUUAUGUUGGCAUGUAUCCAAACUGUGCUGAAUACCUUAGGAAAUUCUGCUCCUGUACAAAACAAGUUUAUAUGCAUAUAAGUCAGAUGGUGAACAAGAAACCAGCUGAACGUAUUUUUUUUUGGGGGGGGGCAGGGGAAGGGAGGGGUUAACCAGAUAUAUUCAGUCUAUGAUGAGUGUGUUUGAUGCCUGGUAGCUCCAUCAGCAGACGCAUUUAAGUGUUUAGUACAUCUCCAUUUUUUACCUUGGUCGACUCCAUAGUAACAUGUUACUACUAUAUCUAAUGAUAAAAUAUUAGUCUCUUCUGGCAGGUUUUGAAGUUAGCAGUUGUAGAGUUUGGAGAUUAGAGGUUAUCAGAUUGCUGUACUCAGAAAAUUGUACCUAGUUAUCACUUUAAGGCCCCAAAACCACCUUACCCACACAAAUCACGAUAUCCAGUUAAUGUUAUCAUUAAAACUAUAAAUUAC